AUGACGGUCGAAAACCUCGUCAAGGCACUGACGUUUUAUAAUGGCAAAUAUAAGGGUGUGAUUAGGGGUGAAUAUGAUAUUCUCAAGUUAUUGUUUCUAUCGUUUGCUACUGAGAUUAUGGAAGGAAGCAGCGCAGAGGGACAGGCAAAUAUUGCCGAUGAACAGAUAGAGUUUGAAAGGACGGGCAUCAGUUCUUGGGAUAGAUUUUCCGUAGUCCAGAGUUUUGACAACAUAGACGUCACAAAGUGGUACAUAUCGGGUCCUGAUUUAGUGGCAUUGUUUAGCUUGUUGCUACCGUUGGUGGACUACAAACCAUAUGAGUCUUUUGAUGCUGUAGUUGAGCGAUUUGAGGAGGCGUCAGUCAAAAAACUCAGGAAGUCUGCCCAGUCAAUGGUUCGAUCAAUAUCUGCAGAUAGUAACAGCAAACUGAUUGAAGAUAUAACUAUAUCAUGCGAAGAGUUCCGAGAGGCAAUUCUACUAGCAUUUCCUCAUGUCCUAGAACCACUUGCCCUCAUAUUUGAUCGGCUCCUUUAUCAACAGAAGUCCAGUACGGUACCAGAGAGGCGCCUGAGUUCUUCGCCUGAGUCGCCUGUACAACCAGAAGACGUAGAUACAACUAAGGUAAAAGAGCCAGAGAAAACGGUCAAUUCUCGAAUCGGCUUAGUGACCAAGCUUACCACAUAUGCAAUUCGAGGACAACUUUAUAGCACAUUUGGACCCAUGAUACAAACAAUGGUCAAACUAUACAGUGGAUCAGAAGCGGGAUUUUCAAUGAGGUCUUUUGAAACAAAGGUGUUCAAUUGGAAUGCUCCCAGCAUCUUUCUAAUAUCCGGAAGGCGAGUUGCAGAUGCUACCGAUAUCAAAGCAAACUCGCGUAUACGGAGUUUCAAUGACCAGAUUCCCCCAGUUCGAGCAAAAAAUAACCGUAAGAGUAAAACUGUUAUAUUUGGAGCCUUUGUAGAAUCUCCAUGGAGGGCAAAUAGCAAAGAAUGCUUUGGAAAUGAAAGUACGGUUUUAACUCAAUUGUUUCCCACUCACAAUGUAUAUAAAGCAUCCAAAACCAAUCGCCACUAUGCAUACUUCAGCCGAGGGGAGGGAAUCGGCUUUGGAAGUCCUCCUCCACGGAAUGGGAAAUAUUCCAACAUAGGAAACAUAUCUCUUGUUAUAGAGAGCUCAUUUGAGUUUGGUGUGUUUCGGCACUUUGGGCCCGGUGGUUCGUUUGAACCUGGCCCAUCCCCUUCAGAAAAGAUCUUGGAGUUCGAAGAUAGGUUCGUAAUAGAAGAGAUCGAAGUCUGGGGAUGUGGUACCGAAGAGCAUUUAGCCGAGCAAAAGCUACGGUGGGAAUGGGAAGAAAGGGAAGCUCAAAACAGACGAAAGAUCAAUGUUGAUAGCCUUGGAGAGGAUAGAGCUCUGUUGGAGAUGGCGGGUCUCGUAGGUAAAUACAGUCAGAGUGGUGGAUCAGUUUAA